AUGGAAAUAGUGGGGUGCCGAGCAGAAGACAGCGCGUGUCCCUUCCGCCCCCCAGCCAUGCUCUUCCACGGGAUCUCCGGGGGCCACAUCCAAGGCAUCAUGGAGGAGAUGGAGCGCAGAUCCAAGACGGAGGCCCGCCUGGCCAAAGGCGCGCAGCUCAACGGCCGCGACGCGGGCAUGCCCCCGCUGAGCCCGGAGAAGCCCGCCCUGUGCGCGGGCUGCGGGGGCAAGAUCUCCGACAGGUACUACCUGCUGGCAGUGGACAAACAGUGGCACCUGAGAUGCCUGAAGUGCUGUGAAUGCAAACUGGCCCUCGAGUCUGAGCUCACCUGCUUCGCCAAGGACGGCAGCAUUUACUGCAAGGAGGAUUACUACAGAAGGUUCUCUGUGCAGAGAUGUGCCCGCUGCCACCUUGGCAUCUCCGCCUCCGAGAUGGUCAUGCGCGCCCGAGACUCCGUCUACCACCUGAGCUGCUUCACCUGCUCCACCUGCAACAAGACCCUGACCACGGGCGACCAUUUCGGCAUGAAGGACAGCCUGGUGUACUGUCGCGCCCACUUCGAGACCCUCUUGCAAGGGGAGUACCCGGCGCCGCUGAGCUACACCGAGCUGGCGGCCAAGGGCGGCGGCUUGGCCCUGCCGUACUUCAACGGCACGGGCACCGUGCAGAAGGGGCGGCCCCGGAAGCGGAAGAGCCCGGCGCUGGGAGUGGACAUCGUCAAUUACAGCUCAGGUUGCAACGAGAACGAGGCCGACCACCUGGACCGAGACCAGCAGCCCUACCCGCCCUCCCAGAAGACCAAGCGCAUGCGCACCUCGUUCAAGCACCACCAGCUGCGGACCAUGAAAUCUUACUUCGCCAUCAACCACAACCCGGACGCCAAGGACCUCAAGCAGCUGGCCCAGAAGACCGGCCUCACCAAAAGGGUCUUGCAGGGAGAACAAAUCUUGGGGCAUUACAGCCAAACAUCCCGACGUUUGAAAAUUCCCUAAAGUAUUAAAAGACGGGGAAAGUUUGAUCGGAAAUCCACAGCAGUGAAGACAAAGACAAUAUUAGGUUAUCAGAAUCACACAUGCUAAAAUCUAUUGAGCCAAAAAAAAAAGCCACAAAAAACAAAAACAAAACAAAAAAAGAGCAAGCGAGAGGAAAGACUUAAAUGUCAUUUACUGAGUGUUAACAACAAUGCUGUUCUUUAUGGCUCCUAACACAAACGGAGGCUUAAACCGAUGUGGUUUAAAACAAAAUGAGGUACACCGUGUACAAACAGAGCAACCUGGCAGUAACACGCACACCCCAUAUUUGAAGCAAAUUAUUACUGAAAAAAAAAAUCCGCACAUUUGUCAAGCAUACUGGUUGUAUAGUCCCCAACCUGCAUUUCACUCGCUUGCCAAUGUGUACCAGCCCGACCUGUUCAUGGCGUUUUCCAAUU